AUGGCUUUGAGGCGGGAUGCGAGCGGCGGAGAGACCCCGACGAGCCUGUUGCUGACUUGUGCCACCCUUCUGCUCUCCUUCCAAGUGUGCCGCUGGCUCCUGCGACGCUCAGCUGGGUGCCCGCCGGGCCCGUUCGCAUGGCCAGUCAUCGGCAACGCGGCGCAACUCGGCAAAGCGCCGCACCUGUAUUUCAUGCGCAUGGCGGAAAAAUACGGCAACAUUUUCCAGAUUAAAUUGGGCUGGCGGAGGGUGGUGGUGCUGAACGGGGACGCCAUCAAGCAGGCGCUGAUCAAACAGGGCCCGGAGUUUGCCGGCAGACCCGAUUUCACUUCGUUCCAGCUCAUCUCCAACGGCGACGGGCUUGCCUUCGCCACCGUGUCGGACUGGUGGAAGGUGCACCGCAGGGUGGCCCAUUCCACGGUAAGGAUGUUCUCCACGGGGAACCGCAUGACCAAGAAGACAUUUGAGCGGCACAUCAUUUGCGAAUUCAAAGAGCUCCUGCAGCUUUUCGUGGCCAAGACUGCCCAGCAGCAGUUCUUUGUGCCCCUGGAGGACCUGGUGGUGUCCACGGCCAACACCAUGAGCGCGGUGUGCUUUGGUAAGAGGUACACGUACGAGGACGAGGAGUUCCGUCAGGUGGUGGGUCGGAACUACCAGUUCACGGAGACUGUGGGCGCAGGGAGCAUAGUGGAUGUCAUGCCCUGGCUCCAAUACUUCCCCAACUCCAUCAAAACCAUGUUUGACAACUUCAAGGCGCUCAACCGGGAAUUUAACACCUUUAUUCUGGACAAGGUGACCUCGCAUAGGAAAACUUUUCAGUCGAGCGCCAUCAGAGACAUGACCGACGCUUUGAUUGCGGCCUUGGACAAAAUCGGUCAGAAAGCUGGCUACCCGUUGGUGAAGGACUACGUGCCCGCCACGGUUUCAGAUAUCUUUGGAGCAAGUCAAGACACCUUGUCGACAAUGCUGCAGUGGCUCAUUCUCAUCCUAGUCAAGUACCCGGACAUGCAGACGCGCCUCCAAGAAGAAGUGGACAAAGCGGUGGGCCGCAGUCGCCUCCCGAGCGUGGAGGACGUGCCCGUCCUGCCUUACGUCACGGCCUUCAUCUACGAGGUCAUGCGCUUCACCAGCUUCGUGCCACUCACCAUCCCUCACUACACUACUGUAGACACCUCCAUCGGUGGUUACGCCAUCCCAAAAGACACGGUCGUUUUUGUAAACCAGUGGUCGUCCAAUUACGACCCCGCACUUUGGACGCAGCCUGAGAAAUUUGACCCACAGCGUUUCCUGCACCCCGGUGGUGAGCUGAACAAGGACCUGUGCAGUUCUGUGCUCAUCUUCUCUCUGGGUAAGCGGCGCUGCAUUGGAGAGGAGCUGGCCAAGAUUCAGAUUUUCCUCUUCACGUGUCUUCUGGCUCACCAGUGCCACAUAAGCACAGACCCCGCCAGGCCGCCCGACUUCGGCUACACCUACGGUCUGACUCUCAAACCAAACACUUUCUCGAUAGCCGUGUCUCUGCGGGACAACAUGAGCCUGCUCGAAGAGGUGACCAGUCAGGUUUUACCUGAGGACAUCCAAGCAGAGCCCUCAGACUCUGAAUGAAAAACAAAUGAAGUAAGACCAAAAAAAAAAAAAAAAAAGCGACACAAGGGAACUGAACGUAUUUAUGAGAUGAAAUGUCAAGUUCAGCAAAACAGGUCGGCCGUGUGUUCACUUUUAGGCUUCGAGUUGUUUUAUAAUGACGUGGCAAAGCUAUCAUGAAUGUAUGCGUUGUAGUGCCAGUUAGAGACAGAAGACGGCACGCAUGAAAAGCCCCGUUCGUCAUUCAUCUCAGCAUCUUUAAUCCUAAACAGAUUUCAGAUUGCGCUACAUUGAGGCUGAAGUAACGAAGUGUGGACAUCACGGUGGAGUCUUGCUGUCAGGAUUCAAACAAUGACUUGGUGCACAACCGGGCAGGUAAGCUCAUGGAGCAGUUCAACCCGUAAAGGACAUGCCAGUGUACAACUUUUGACUUUCAACAUAGUUAUUCAGGAGUAAGGCAGAUGGAAUACCAUCCAUUCAUCAAUCCAUCCAUUUUCUUAGCAGCUUAUCCUCAGAAGGGUCGAGGGCGUGCUGGAGCCUACCUCAGCUAUCAUUGGGCAGGAGGCGGGGUGCACCCUGAACUGAUUUCCAGUCAAUCGCAGGGCACAUCGAGACAAACAGUCGCACUCACAAUCACACCUAUGGGCAAUUUAGAGUGUCCAAUUAAUGGUGCAUAUUUUUGGGAUGUGGGAGUAAACCGGAGUGCACGGAGAAAACCCACGGAGGCAUGGGCAGAACAUGCAAACUCCAGACAGGGAUGGCUGGGACUGAACCCGGGUCCUCAGAACUGUGAGUCCACCGUGGAAUACCAGAUAAUGCAAACAAUACAUAGUGAGAAUAAGUGGAAUGGGAGAAGAAUGAAUACGUAGAGAACGCUAAAGUACAUGUAGGAGCUACUUAUGAGCUGUUGUAUCCAUGCACCAACAAAUAGACCUACAUUAGGUCAUGACAGCUUUUGUUGAAUUCUUUACUAAAGUAUAACAAUAUGGCAAAUGUGGGUGUUUUUUUAAAUUUGCUCCAGUGUUCCAACUACAAUUAUGGUGUGGGAUUUAAAGCCAGACUGAUAGUAGUAACAUGCAAAGAUUUACACGCUGAACAUUGUCUACACAAAUAAUGUCUUGCAAAAUUUAUGGCACCCGCUGUAGAAUAUACAGUGGGUAUGGAAAAUUUUCAGACCCCUUUGCACUGUAUGCUACUUUUAUUUCUUUUUUUUUUUGGCCACCUUCAUUUUUUUUACCCAUUUUAAAUGUUUUAUUUCUUUGUAUUCAAAUGUUUUUAAAUCACAGAAAGCACACUG